CUUCCGGGUCACGUUUGCUUGUAAACAGAAAGCACGAUAUCUUACUGUAAAUGUAACUAUUUUGCUAAUAAGGAGGGGGUGUCAACUGUCCGGUAGCUGUAGAAAGUUGGACCUUCAAGUUCAACCAUUCCACAUGUCAACAUGCACAACCUUUGACCUGCUGGAGAAGGGUAUUGAGGUCCAUAUCGUGGCUGAUGCCGUCUUAUCCAGAAGUCAGACAGACCGGUUGUUUGCCCUGUCCCGGUUGAGGCAGAGUGGAGCCUUCCUGACCACCACAGAGGCCGUCCUACUACAGCUAGUGCAAGAUGCCAAACACCCCAACUUUAGAGAGAUCCAGAAGCUGUUGGUCCAGCCGUCCCCUGACACAGCCUUGCUGGCCUUCUUCAGCUCUCUGUAGAGAAGACAAGCUCCUUCUUGUUGUCUGUGAAAUCAUCUGAAACACUGUGUGAACACAAGUAUGGAAAUAAACCCAUGCUGCUGUUUUCCAUGCUGACUGCUGAA